AUGAAAAGUCCCGACUCUUUGUUAAAGCAGGACGUUGACCUGGACAAACCAGGGGCUGCACCGUUUUAUUGUUUGACUUGUGCGAAAUAUUUUAUAAAUGACAAAUCCCUGACAGACCACUUUAAGAGCAAGCCCCACAAAAGAAGGUUGAAGGCGCUUGAAACAGAACCCUACACACAGGAGGAGGCAGACAGGGCUGUAGGGAUGGGAUCAUAUGUUGCACCAAAGAAAGUCACAGUCCUACAGCAGAGUAAACCAAGCACAGAAGCAGAAAUGGCACCUGUAGACACUUGA